AUGCCUAAGAGCAAGAGCAAGAGCGAGAGCAAGAGCAAGAAAGACUCCGGAUCUGAAGCUCCCGCUCGCAAGUCCGACUACCAAUACCAGAAGGACUUCGGAGGCUUCAACAACUUCAUGCACAGCUACGGCUUGAAGACUUGGGACCACGACGAUAUCCGGGAGGGGAAGGCUAUCAUUGAGGCUUUCAGAGAGCAGGACCAGAAAGAUCAUUUUGCAGUUGUUCUCGCUAUCACGGAUUACCGGUACCCAUAA